AACGUGCCGGGGUGAAGAUGGAAGAUUUCCAGGCUUCAGAGGAGACUUCUUUUGUGGUUGACGAAGUGAGCAACAUUGUCAAAGAGGCCAUUGAAAGUGCCAUUGGUGGUAAUGCCAACCAGCACAGCAGAGUCAAUCAGUGGACCACAAAUGUUGUAGAGCAAACCUUAAGCCAACUCACCAAGCCUGGGAAGCCAUUCAAAUACAUCGUGACCUGUGUAAUUAUGCAAAAGAAUGGCGCUGGAUUACACACAGCAAGUUCCUGCUUCUGGGACAACUCUACUGACGGGAGCUGCACCGAGCGAUGGGAGAACAAGACCAUGUACUCCAUGGUUGGGGCCUUUGGGCUGUCCAUCUGACCCCCUCGCCUAGCCUUGGGCCUCCUAUGUCAUGUUUCUACCCCAUCUUCUAACCACCAGGUGCGAUUCAGUGAACACCUUCCUCUUCUUUGCAUGUGUUCUGGCACUCUUCAAACAUGUAGAGAAAUAAACCAAAUGACUGUCCUGUUAUACACACUGCACCCUGUUAAGUCAGUCAGUAGUUCUCUGUAGUAGCCAGCAGCCUGUCUUGCUGCCAGCAGCCUGUAUUGCCACGUCUUAACUCU